AAAGAGAAUAAACCGGAUCCAAGUCAGGAAAAUAAUUUAGGCGAGCAACAGAACCAACAAACCCAAAGUGCGGUCUUACAAUUAGCGAGUAAUCUCUUAGGUAAUGCUAACAAUCUUAAUCAGUUAACUAAAAAGCCAGGUGGAGACACUAAAACUAUUCAAGAAAUUGAAGAAGAAUUUUUAAUCAGUGCCUUUAACCCCAAUCAGUCGCCUGUUGGUGGUAUUAGUGGAACACUUCCGCCAGAGGAGGAGUUACUAGAAAAAAUUAGUAGAAAAUCAGAGUUGCAAAUACCGGAUUUAACUGCUGAAAAACGAAUUGGUGCCACGAAUAUUUUAUAUACCUCAGGAAACGAGCCAAAUAGAAUUGGUGGCUCUUGUGAUUUGAUAAUUUUUUUGAAGCCAAAUAAUAAUCAGAAAGCAAAUGUUAACUUCGCAAUAGACCUUGGUGAAUACAAAGAUUACUACAAGCAAAUUAUUCGCAACUUUCUGAAUGAAAAAGGGAAAAAUAAUAAUGAUGCUUAUGUUUUGGUUAGGGAAUUAACCUCAGCAAGAGGAGACUCAGCGGGAAUAGCCUUUUACUUAACGCUUCAUAGUUUAAUUAAUAGAAUUCCUUUACCAAGAAAUUUGGGUUCCACCGGAACUGUUUAUGGAACAAAAACAGGGGCAAUUGGGGGACUAAAUCGUAAACUUGAAUACAAUGAUGGCAAAAAAGUUCGCCACAAGUAUCCACAGUGGGAUGCUUAUGAAAAUGUAGAUUUUUCUCCUCUCUUUAAAGAAAAAGUCAAACAAAUUCAUUUCACUUGUUCUACCAACCAAAUAGAAAUCGCCUUACAAGAAAUAUUAAAAGAACCCAAUAGAAAAAUAGUUCAUGUUUGCGGAAAAAGUGAAAUUCCGGAGAAAAACCCAGAAAAGGACAAAGAACCCCGCGGACCUCCUAAUAAAGAACCACAAAAGGAAACUUCCAUCACUUCCGAACAACUUUUAAAGGCAACUAGUAGCGUUUUAAGUCUCCAAAAAGAAUAUCAAGAAAAAAUUAUGAUUCUCUCCGAGCAGAGGAUUCCGAAUCAAGGUAAAAAGUUAAGAAAAUUUACUGCUUGUUCUGAUGGAAAAAUAUUGAACGAGGAAGAGGUUGAAGAAAAUGACAAAAUGAUUUGUGAAGUUUGCCGUCAACCAUUUGAAGAUGCAAAAAAAGGAGAAGCAAAAGUAAUAGAGGAAAGGGCGGGAGGAAAAGAACCAGAUAAUCCUACACCGGAAGAAAUAGAACAAAAGAAAAAUCAAUUAUACCAAGAAUACGAAGCAGACAAAUCUAAACCAAAAAAGUAUAUUUUAGCCAUGUUUCCUUAUCCCUCAGGGAGCGGCUUACAUGUCGGUCACAUUCGUAAUUAUACUAUUGCUGAUUCUUUGGCUCGUUUCUAUCGGUUCCGUGGUUAUAAUGUUCUUUUGCCAAUUGGUUGGGAUGCCUUUGGUUUGCCGGCCGAGCAAUACGCUAUCCAAACUAAUAAUCACCCCGCUACUUUUACCCAAAAAAAUAUUGAAAAUUUUAAGCAGCAAUUAUUAAGCAUUGGAUUUUCCUAUGAUUGA